AUGUCCGCCAUCCCAGUGUCUGAACUGGGCCUCAACUCGAGCGAGAGCAGAUAUCUCCAGCAACAAAUUGCCGCCUCACAGCACGGCUCCAAUUCAUCGCGUGCUGCCUCUCACGCCUCCAGCCAAGGCCGUCUCCUCCUGGAUCCUUCUAGUUUGCAGGCGCUCAGCGCCCACUUUGACCGUCUAAUGUACUCUAUCCAGCAGCGCUGGCAGUAUCUCACCCAGCAGACACAAACAGCAACCCAAGUGCAGUACGACCGCGCAGGCAAUGCCAUGCAAAUGGCUGAUGCUGAAAUCGCCCGCUUCCGCGCAAUCCUCCACGAAAUCGAUGAACUGCAAGUAGAAUUCGAUACAGUCCGUCGCAUUGGAGAGAUUGUCAAAGGAUUCAAGUCACGCGUCGACCGUCUGGAUCGCCGGAUAUGA